AUGGCAGCCGCCAAGUCAAAGUUUCUGAUGCAGAUUUAUUUAGAUGUUUUUGAUUGAUAUUUGUUUUGAUGUAAUAGCUUAACGUGCUUAAUCUGUAGACUAUUCGAGUCUUGCAGGAAGCUUGUCACCGAAAUAGUUGAUUAAGGUGACAAGAUGUCGUCAAUGAAAGAUAACCAGGAUGUGGCGUGUUAUUUCAUAACAAAGCACUCAUGGAAAGGGAAAUAUAAAAGAAUAUUUUCAGUGGGUACACUAGGCAUAACAACAUAUAACCCACAGUCCUUGGAAAUAACUAAUCAGUGGCCGUAUAGUGAGUUUGUUGGUAUCGUACCAAAUGUAAAAGCUCCGGGGAAUAAUGAGUUUAUCAUCACCAUGAAGAAAGGACCAAAGAAGACAGACUCCAUGAAGUUUUCUACGGACCACAGAGCUGACUUACUAACUGAAGCACUGAGAUUUAGGAGCAAGUUUGCUGAAGUGAACCAUACCCCAAAGAGGUUUAAUGCAUUCAAACAACACUGGUCAGAGUCAAGAGUUCCUGUGAUCUUGGAGGUCAACCAGGCCUCAUUGGAUCAGAUAGAUCCAUCAACCAAUAAAAUCCUUUGUUCCUAUGACUACAAAGAUAUGGAAGGACUGAUACAGAUGUCAGGAGAUUUACCUGGUGGAGUAUGUGUAGCUCAUGGUGGAUUUACAAGAUUGCAUCUGUUUGCUCUAGAUCAGCGGGAAGCUUUAAUAAAAAGUGUAAUGGAGUCAGCAGCAGCAUAUGUAGGAAUCUCUGUCAAACAGAGAAAAGACCCUGUUGGUUUAGAUCAGUUUGCCACUCAUAGACUUGGCAAAUACAGCAAUGAUGAAGCCCUCACAUCAUACACAGAAUUCAUGGUUCAGAAGAUCUCUCCACGGCAUUCUGACUCCGUCAGACGGACACUUUGUUUAACAGAAACCUGUUUGGUUGAACGUGAUCCUGCUACAUACAAUGUGGCUACACUAAAGCCUCUCUGUGAUAUUUUUGCAAUUAUUAGGGACCAAGAAAACCCACAAAAGUUCAGCGUUGAGUAUGUUAAAGGUGCAAUAAGAACUUAUCAAUCCACUGACAGGGACGCCUUAAUUGCCUCUGUUUUGGAUGGGGUCAGAGCAUCUGGUAAUAGGGAUGUCUGUGUUAAAAUGAAAUUUACAUCCAGAGGUUGUCGCCUAGGUCCAUUUACAGUACCAGUAGAUGAAGAAGUGGAAAGUCAGCAUUUAAAAUUCUUCUCUGUACCACCAGUUGGAAUGACCUUUGAUGAAGUAGUGUCCAGAUUUAACAGUAAUAUUUCAUACAGUGGACUCCUCCAUGCUGUUACACAAGAUGGUCUGUUUGCCGAGAACAAAGAAAAACUAAUUAAUGGGGCCCUAUCAGGUCUGCUAGAGAGAGAAGGAGAUCAAACAGUUAUUUCUUCUGAGUCUUUAGAAGCUCAGUUUUCUGCACUCAGGAGAUUGGUAGCUUCAAAAGCAGGCUUCCAAGCUUUUACAAGACUACCAAGAAUGAGAGAAAAAGUUGGUGUGAAAGUGGUCAAAGCAAUGAAGCGUAAAGACCAUGGUGUUACACAUGCAGCUGUUGACAUGUUGUGUGCAUUGAUGCAGCCUAUGCAUGAUGACUAUGAUCUCAGACAAGAACAACUGAACAAAAGUUCCUUACUUUCAUCCAGAAAAUUUUUAGAAACCCUGUUGGAAAUGUUUAAUGAACAUGUGGUACAUAGUUCAGGAGCUUUAGUGAUCUCAGCCAUGUUGGAUUUCCUGACAUUUUCCCUUUGCUCUCCCUACAGUGAGACAACAGAUGGGGACCAGUUUGAUAACUUGUUAGAGACAGUGGCUUGUAAUGGCAGAAUUGUCUUCAAACUCUUUCAGCAUCCUUCUAUGGCCAUUGUUAAAGGAGCAGGUUUAGUGAUGAAAGCCAUCAUUGAGGAGGGUGAUAGUGAAAUAGCAGCAAAAAUGCAGGAACUAGCUUUAGCUGAAGGAGCUUUACCAAAACAUCUACACACAGCAAUGUUUACACAGAGUGCAGACAACAGGAUGCUUACAAAUAGACAGCUGAGUCGUCACUUGGUAGGAUUAUGGGUAACAGGCCAUCCCACAGCAAUGGGUCUGCUUAAAAGAGUUGUACCUGGAGGAUUGUUGUCAUACUUAGACUCUGAAGAAGAAGUACCUGUUAUAGAGAAUGACAAACUCAAUGUACGAGAUAAUCUCAAGCUGGCCCAAGAUAUUCAGAACAAAAACAGACGAAAUCCAAACAUAGUGAUGAUAGAGAAAAAAGUAGAUGAAUUUCUACAGCAUUGGAGAGCUAGGAUUGGGUUACAGAAACAAAAGCAGCAAAAUGAUAUAAAGCCAGUGGUGUUGAGGAAAAGAAGAGAGAGAAUUAAAAGUGAAGCAAAUUGGCAAUUGUUUUAUUACCACUUUAACCGUGACCAUGCUAAACCAAAUCUCAUCUGGAAUUACAAGACAAGAGAAGAAUUACGAGAAUGUUUAGAGAAUGAAAUGAGAGCCUUUGCUGUCGACAAGGAACUAGGAGCCAAAUGUGUGAUAGGGUGGAACCAUAAGGAAUUUGAAGUGCCAUAUGUCUGUCUUAGUGAUGAAAUUAAAAUAGGUGAUUACUAUCUGCGUCUGCUGCUUGAGGAAGAUGACAAUGAAUCGGAAGAGACCAGUGCCAUUAAACGAUCCUAUGAAUUUUUCAAUGAUCUGUACCAUAGAUUUUUAUUGACACCAAAAAUUCCCAUGAAAUGUAUGUGUCUACAGGCCAUGACUAUUGUGUAUGGGAGAUGUCAUGAAGAAAUCGGAGCAUUUAAUGAUACAAAAUAUAUGGUUGGAAUGCUUGAAAGGUGUACAGACAAACUGGAAAGAGACAGAUUAGUUUUAUUUUUACAGAAAUUAAUUCUACAUCCUAAAAAUGUGAAAGAAAUUAUGGAUGCUAAUGGAAUUAAAGUACUAGUUGACCUCUUAACCUUAGCUCAUUUACAUACGUCCAGGGCAACAGUCCCAUUACAGAGCAAUGUGAUAGAAGCUGGAGCAGACAUGAAGAGAGAAACAGAGAAAGAAUGGUAUUAUGGAAACAAAGAUAAAGAAAGACUUGGACCAUAUAGUUUUGAUGAGAUGAAAGAUUGGUGGGAAGAAGGUGUAGUUCAUGCAAAGACUAGAUGUUGGGCACAAGGAAUGGAUGGCUGGCGACCAUUACAGUCUGUGCCGCAACUGAAAUGGACAAUACUGGCCACUAGUCAACCAGUCUUGAAUGAAAGUGAUCUGGCCUGUUUAAUACUCAAUAUGUUGAUCAAAAUGUCUGGAUACUAUCCUAGCCGGGAUGCUGAUGGUGCAAUAAUCCGACCACUGCCAAGAAUCAAUAGAUUAUUGUCAGACCCUGUUUGUCUUCCUCACAUAGUUCAGUUGUUAUUAACCUUUGACCCCAUUUUAGUGGAGAAGAUUGCCAGUUUAUUGUAUGACAUUAUGCAGGACAAUCCAAACAUAUCACGUCUGUAUCUCACAGGUGCUUUUUAUUUUAUGAUGAUGUACACUGGAUCAAACGUUUUACCUGUAGCCAGAUUCAUGAAAUAUACCCAUGUCAGUCAAGCAUUCAGAUCAGACGAGAAAAAAAGUUCUGACAUCAUGAACAGAAGUGUGCUCGGUCACAUAUUACCAGAGGCCAUGGUCUGUUAUUUAGAGAAUUACUCAGCAGACAAAUUUGCUCAGAUAUUCUUGGGAGAAUUUGAUACUCCAGAAGCUAUCUGGAAUACAGAAAUGAGGCGACUUAUGAUAGAGAAGAUUGCGUCACACAUCGCUGACUUUUCACCACGUCUCCAAAGCAACACACGAUCUUUGUACCAGUAUUGUCCUAUACCAGUCAUAAACUAUCCACAAUUAGAAAAUGAACUGUUUUGUAAUAUAUAUUAUCUUAAGCAUCUCUGUGAUCACCAAAGAUUCCCUGAUUGGCCUAUUAAGGAUCCUGUUAAAUUAUUAAAAGACAUUUUAGAAGCAUGGAAGAAAGAAGUAGAGAAGAAACCACCAACCAUGUCAAUAGAUGAUGCACUGACUGUAUUACAUUUACAGAAAGGUGUUGGAGGUCAUGAUGAGGCAAAAAUUAGAAAAGCUUACUUCAAACUAGCCCAGAAAUACCAUCCAGAUAAAAAUCCUGAGGGCAGGGAUAUGUUUGAAAAAGUAAACACAGCAUAUGAAUUUUUAUGUAGUAAAUCAAGAUUAAAAGAUGGUCCAGACCCACAGAACAUUGUGCUAAUACUUAAAGCCCAGUCCAUUUUAUUUAGAAGGCACAAGGAAGAAUUACAACCAUACAAAUAUGCUGGAUACCCAAUGUUGAUCAAAACAAUCAGAAUGGAGACGAAUGAUGACCAGCUGUUCUCAAAGUCAGCGCCAUUACUGUCAGCAGCAACAGAGUUAGCAUACCAUACCGUCAACUGUUCUGCCUUAAAUGCAGAGGAGUUACGAAGGGAACAUGGUAUUCAGGUCUUACAAGAAGCAUUUGACAGAUGUAUGAAUGUACUCAAUCAAUCAAGUAAACAUGAAGAUACAGCAGUACAGGUGUGUACACAUGUAGUGAAAUGUUAUGCUGUAGCUUCACAGUUUGAAGGAUGUCGAGAGAAGAUACAAGAAAUACCGGCCAUUAUUAAAAAUAUCUGUAGAAUAUUGUAUUACAAAAACCUGCCAAAAUUGUGUUCUGAAGUUGCACUGUGUAUUAGUGCCUUUUCUGUGGACUUCUGGUUACAGACCAAUCUCUUCCAAUCAGGUGUGCUUUACCAUUUACUGCUGUACUUGUUCAAUUAUGAUUAUACAUUAGAAGAGGGAGGUGUAGAGAAGAGCGGAGAAAGUAACCAACAGGAAGUUGCCAACCAGUUAGCUCGUCUGUGUGUUAGAGCUUGUGGAAGGUUAGGUGGAUACUUUCCAGAAAGCUCAGGAUUAGAAACACCAGAAAAUGUACCUGUGAAGAAAUCGUUGUCAGCUAUAUUGACUCCAUAUUUAUCUAGAAAACUGUCUCAAGAAAAUCCAUCAGAGCUGCUGAAAUAUCUGAAUUGUAACACAGAGAAUCCUUACCUUAUAUGGGACAAUGCCACUAGGGGGCAGUUGAAUGAAUAUCUUAUGGACCAACAGCAAAAUGUUAUAAAAACAGGAGAAUGUGACCAGAAUUACGGGGCUGAUUUUGUUUACGAUAUCCAUGCCAAAGAAUUAAUAGUAGGAGAAAUCUUUGUUAGAAUUUAUAAUGAGCAGCCAACUUUUCCUUUAGAUAAUCCCAAAGGUUUCACAAUAGAUCUCCUAGAUUACAUGGGAUCUCAAGCUCAGUAUCUUCACUCACUAAUGAUGUUGCAAAAACAGAGUCAAAAUUCUAGUCAGAAAAAACAAGGAGACCGCCUUCUGCAUGUGGAAAUGGCUUUAGAAGGUCUACGUAAUGUAAUAAAAAAUAAUCCAGGUGUAGAAAUACAGUGUAUAGGACAUUUUAAGUUACUGUUUAGUCUUCUUAGAUUAGAUGAUUGUGCCAAACUACAACAAUGUGCUCUCGAGGUUGUAAACAAUGUAACAACAAACCAGGAGUGUGUGAAUGACAUUGCUGCCUCAGAAGUGUUGUCCUAUUUACUAUUAGCUAUUAACAUGCUUCCUAACUGCCGAUUACUAACCUUAGAAAGUUUAUUUGCUUUAAUGUCCAAUACUAAGAUAGUGAAGGAAGCUAUGGCAAAAGGAGCUGUGAUAUAUUUAUUAGAUUUAUUUUGUAAUUCAACAAAUCCAAAUGUGCGUGAAAAGACUGCCGAACUUUUAUCAAAAAUGUUAUCAGAUAAACUUGUUGGGCCUAAGGUCCGGAUAGUGUUGUCUAAAUUUCUUCCUCCAAUAUUCAUGGAUGCUAUGAGAGACUCACCUGAGGCUAGUGUUCAUAUGUAUGAAGGAACUCAUGAAAACCCUGAAUUAAUCUGGAAUGAGGAAUCCAGGGAUAAAGUGUCUGAUGUUGUGAAAAAAUUGAAAAAUAAUCAUUUUAAAGCUCAGCGAGAAAAUCCAGACUCCCGAUGGAGCCUAAGAGAAGAUUUUGCCGUAGUUUAUACAGACGUAGCAGGGGAGCUAACUAUUGGUGGUGUCUUCCUCCGAUUGUUUAUUGCCAACCCUGGAUGGGUGCUGCGGAAACCAAAGGAAUUUUUAACAGAGUUGAUGGAGAAAUGGGCAGAGCUUACAAAAAUACAAAAUGCAGAUGGAGAAGUAUUGGAAACCGUGACAACAGCAAUAGUUUAUUUGUUUACCUCACAACCUGUGAUGUUGGAUCAACUUCCACAAUUAGGUUACAUUCCAAAAGUGUUCACAGCUAUGUCUCAUCGGAACAAUGCCGUACCACGCUCAGCUAUACAAGUUGCUCAUCAGCUUGCUCAUAAUGAGAUAUGUAUACGAAGUAUGGCACAGAUAGAAUGUAUCGGUGCUUUAAAAGUUGGUAUGAAAGCUAGAAGAGAUUCUAUUGCUCUGGCAGCUGAAGCAUUGGGUAAAAUGUUUGAUAAAGGUGAAGAAGAACUUGUUUCACAGGCUUUAAAAACCGAAUUAGUUCCAUUCUUGCUAAAACUGCUUGAAGCAGGACUAGAGGCUAUAGAUAAUCCUUCAGCAACAAAAGCUCAGAUUGUCAAGGCUCUGAAAGCCAUGCAAAGAAGUUUGUUAUAUGGGGAACAGAUAACUGGUAUUUUAGAAAAGUCCACAGUAUGGCGAGAUUAUAAGGAUCAGAAACAUGACCUAUUUAUAUCAGAUACACCAAUAGCAGGCUACCUUACAGAAGGAAAAGCAGGGCCAACAGGACCAAGUGUGGCUGGAUAUCUUACUGCGGGAACAAGGUCGACAAUGCCGGACCAGCCCCCACCAACAGAUAGAGAAGAGAGACACAAUAGUCUGCUAGACUAGAGACUGGUCUGAUACUUUUAUCAAGAAAUCAAACAGAGUAUGAAAGUUCAGCAUUCAUAUUUAAAAGAACAAAUUUGAUAUUUAAAGUGCUAGUCUUUGUAUAAGGGCUGUUCCAGAAUUAAACUCAUGGGGGGGACAUGGGAGGCUAUUUGUAAGACCCUGAGUACCCAUGAAAUAAAGUUUUUCAUUUUACUUAUAAUUCUUACAAAAUUCUAAGGAAAGUGUGACUACCCAUUUUUUAUUGACUUGAGUGCCUCCCACCCCUCCCCAGAAUUUUUUUAACAGCCCUCAGAAUAGGGAAAUAAUAAUGUUUUAUAAAACCAAUGACAUUUUUGUCAGUUAUUUAAUAUUACCGCUUUCAGCAAUUUUUGCUUCUUAAUUUUUUAUUGAUUGCAGUAUGUGGUGCAAAUUAGUGAAAAUGUCCACUUUCAAAAAUGUGUACAAAUGUGAAAUUGUGCUGGAAUAUAUUUCAAUAUAUAUUGAUUUUAUUUUUGCCCCAGGUCAUCCCGCUAAUUAAAGGGGAUUAAGUGCUUUUCUUUCAAAAAACGUAAUAUUCCAUGUUCAAUGCUAGAUUUCCCUGGCUUAUGCAGGAGGGUGGAAUAUUACUGAAAAAAACUAUAUAUCUAUCAUAUGUUGGAUCAAAGAAAGAGCACUUGUUAAUCUAGUUGUUUCCCUUUACAUUAGGUAACUUAGCAACCCUUAAUGCAAAGGUUCAUUUUUCAGUAGCCAUGUUUUUUUCUUGAAUUAUUAUGGUGGUUUAUUUCCCCUGUAAAAUAUAACACCUGCUUGAUGACAUGUUAGAAUUAUUGUUAAAUAUCAAAUUAUGUGAUAAAUGUUCAAGUAUUUGUCAAAUUUUAACUUAAUAUCUUGUCAUUUUAUAAAACUGUUUCCAUAGUAACAAAAGUGCAAUGUUAAAUUGUUAAGUUUUUUUGUACACUAUGUAUAUAAUUGCCUAGAAAUGUUUUUAUUGUAAUUAUUCAUUCAUUUUGUAAAUGAACAUGUCAUAACAAUGAUUGUUUUAAUUAUAUAAUGGCCCCAGAUUUCAAAUGUUUUCAAACAGAUUAAAAACAUUUUUUCACGGCAGUAAGAUUGUUUUACUGGCAGUUUGAUUUGGAAUAAAGUUCCAAUAAAAGUAUUGUUUAUUUUUUACGAGUUAUUUAAGAUUUAGUGUCUAAUUUGAUUAAAUUCCAAUAAAAAUAUUGUUAAUUUUUUACAAGUUCUAAUACAUGUAUGGUCAAAAUGGAAUAAAAUCAAUAUCUAACUGUUAAAACUUAUUUCAUCAUUUCUUUUUAAGAAUAAAAAUUGUCACUUAAAGUAAAUUUUUUGGGGUUCUUUUCAACUUUUAUGAUUUGAGCAUCACUGAUGAAUCUUUUGUAGAUGAAACACACGUCUUCAGUUAAAUAUUUUAAUCCUAGUAUAUAUGAUGAUUUUAUUUAUAUACAAAUUAACAGGUUGAGUUUACAUAAGAAGUAUAUAUAUGAAGUUGACAAUCUAUUUGCCUGUUGUGUUGUUAGUUAACUGUCACACAGUUGUUAUUCACCAAGAUAUUCUCGUCUCACCUAGACUUCUGGUUGAGAUGAGUACAUGCCACCACUUCAGUGCUUUUUAAAACUUUUUAAACAAUUUUCGUUGGAUAUUGAAAUUGUAAAUUAAAUUAGAGUACAAAAUUUACAAAGGAGCAAGAUCGUUAAUUUAGAUAUAUGUAUCAGGUAUCAAAAUUCCAGUCCUUAUUAUUGCGUCAGUUGCAUAAUUGGCAUGAGUAAAAAACCUUGCAAUAAUUUCUGAAUUUACAGAAGUUGGUUUGAUAUCUUGUGUGGAGUUUCUUUCUUCAUGAAAUCAGUGCCACUUUUAGUUUUCAUGGGUUGGGGAUAUUUUCUAAUGGAAUUAUUGGUGCAAUUUAUAUUUUAUUUUAUAUUUUCAUUCUGCUUGAUGACAGUCAUGGAGAAACUAAAUGUUUUUAUAUAUAAUGCAUCAGUUCUAUUGUUUGUUUAAGUAAAAGUUCCUUUGCUGUAUUUUUUUUCUUCUGAAAAUAAAAACAAAAAAAGAACAUUGUAGGGUGAAGGUUGACAUUAUUUCCAGGAAGACUUCAACAAUUAUUUUAUGCAAAUUUAUGUUAGUUCUGUAUGAGUGCUUUCAAAAAUAUUUAUAGAGGUUGCCAUAGAAUAGUUUUAAGCCAACCAUUGGGUCUUAAUGUUUUUGUAAAGUGACGAGUUUCUUGUACAUUUUUUGGGACCAUCCAGUUACUUCAAAGAUGAGGAAUGCUUGUAGCUUUUGAAUUUUGAGUUUUGGAGUUGCUGGAAUAAUUUACAUAUACGCAAAUGCAUAUUUAUUGAAAGUUUUGUUCGUAUGAUUUCCUAUAUACCAGUAUUUAAUGGGAGUAUAUCACUAUAUUCUCUUAUGAAUCCAUUUCAUAUCUGUAAAUUGGUAAUUGUGUGCUUGCACUAAAAAAUUGAUUUUGGCCAAGUGUUUAAUUCUUGUUAAUUUUGUGCAACAAGGAAAAACUCUGCUACAAAGAAUCCCGUCAAUUCAUUUAUUUUAUGCAUGAAUGAGCACAUGUAGUUAGAAGUUUAAUAGGCACCUGAUUUUAGACCAUUUAUCAUUUCAGACUGAAAAUCGUGUUUCGUUAUCAUCGUUUAUCUCCCUUGUAGAUUGAAUCAGCCAAUCAGAAUCAUGCAUAUAAAGUGUUGCACAUAUAUGUUACCUUUAUGAUAAAAGUUAUGAAUAUAUGUAAUAAUGAUGAAUGAAUGUUAUAGAAUUGUUAUACUAUAUGAUGUGUUAAUACUAUGACAUGCAAAAAGUAAUAAAUUUACUACAAAUUAGAA